AUGAGCGAGCUGAAGGACUGCCCGCUGCAGUUCCACGACUUCAAGUCGGUGGACCACGUGAAGGUGUGCCCCCGCUACACGGCCGUGUUGGCCCGCUCGGAGGACGACGGCAUCGGCAUCGAGGAGCUGGACACGCUGCAGCUGGAGCUGGAGACACUGCUCUCCUCCGCCAGCCGCCGCCUCCGCGUCCUGGAGGCCGAGACCCAGAUCCUGACGGAUUGGCAGGACAAGAAGGGUGACCGGCGGUUCCUGAAGCUGAGCAAGGACCACGAUGUGGGCACCUCUGUCAAGCAUGGGAAGCCCAAGAAGCAGAAGCUGGAGGGCAAAGGGGGCCACGGGACCGGGCCUGGCCCCGGCCGGCCCAAAUCCAAGAACCUGCAGCCCAAGAUCCAGGAAUACGAGUUCCAGGAUGAUCCCAUUGACGUGCCCCGCAUUCCCAAAAAUGAUGCUCCCAACAGGUUCUGGGCGUCGGUGGAGCCGUACUGUGCCGAUCUCACCAACGAGGAGGUCAGAGUCCUGGAGGAGCUGCUCAAGCCGCCGGAGGAUGAGGCUGAACAUUACAAGAUCCCGCCCCUGGGGAAGCAUUACUCCCAGCGCUGGGCCCAGGAGGACCUGCUGGAGGAGCAGAAGGACGGAGCCCGGGCGGCGGCUGCUGCUGACAAGAAGAAAGGCGUCCUGGGGCCGCUGACCGAGCUGGACACCAAAGACGUUGAUGCCCUGCUGAAGAAGUCGGAGGCCCAGCACGAGCAGCCGGAGGACGGGUGUCCCUUCGGGCCCCUGACGCAGCGUCUCCUGCAGGCCCUCGUGGAGGAGAACAUCAUCUCCCCCGUCGAGGACUCCCCCAUCCCCGAGAUCGCCGGCAAGGACUCAGGAGCCGACGGCGCCGGCACAUCUCCCCGCAGCCAGAACAAACCCUUCAGCGUUCCCCACACCAAGUCGCUGGAGGGCCGGAUCAAGGAGGAGCUGGUGGCCCAGGGCUUGCUGGAGUCGGAGGACCGGCCGGCCGAGGACUCGGAGGACGAGGUGCUGGCCGAGCUGCGCAAGAGGCAGGCCGAGCUGAAGGCCCUCAGCGCCCACAACCGCGCCAAGAAGCACGAGCUGCUGCGGCUGGCCAAGGAGGAGCUGCACCGGCAGGAGCUGCGGCAGCGCGUCCGGAUGGCCGACAACGAGGUGAUGGACGCCUUCCGCAAGAUCAUGGCCGCCCGGCAGAAGAAACGUACGCCCACCAAGAAGGAGAAGGACCAGGCCUGGAAGACCCUGAAGGAGCGGGAGAGCAUCCUCAAGCUGCUGGACGGGUAG